GGCUGCGUAAUGCAAGCACAACACGAGUACGACGAAAGUGAGGCGUGAUCUGGAUCAUCCCAUGCAGACAUACCGUGAGGCAAAAGAGGUCCUGCCAGGAAUUGAACCUGGGCUACUGGAAUGUCCUGCGAAACGCAUCAGAAUCCAGUGUCCUACCACUAGACUACAAGACCGCUGACAUCCAAUUGUCCUCAGAAGGCCGCACGCCGGAAGUCGAGACUUUUGGCCCGAGGGGCGGUUGUUCCCCUCCGCUGCCUAUGGACGUCUCGCGUGAUAUCUGUUUCACGGUGAGCAUUCCGGCAAGCAUUCACACUCCGCAGACCAAGCUUCCGUGGUCAGGAAUUGAUACUGAGGUGUGACAAAAACACUGCCGCCAUUCAAGAGAUCCCUCAGUGUGUCUGUCUGUCUCUUUUUCUGCCUGUGUGUUUGUAUUGCAGAUCUCUCGCCGGGGAGUGGUGUGCGAUGUCAGGAUCAUCUGCUGCCUGCAUCGAUCUGACCGACGAGUCAGAGAACACCGAACUGACAGAGGAUCCGUCUGCCCUUCUCGCACGGAAGCUGCAGAACGAGGCGCUGGCCGAAAGCGGCUUUCGUGGAACCUUGCAGGCCUACGCCGGCUUCGCAAGGGUGAGGAGCUCUGCAGUCAUCAAAAAAGGGCGCUGAUCUCGUUCUUGCUUCAGCACGUCAAGCGCAAGAGAGACCCACCGUCAUCUGCCGCUGCUGCAGCCGCUGCGUCGCCACCCGAUGAGGACAAGGAGAUGGAGGGGCAAGGGCAUGUCGAGGGAGACGUAGACAUUCCGGUAAAACCUGUGCAGAUGACACCCGUGCAAAUAAAUCCUUCGUGUCCUUGUGACGGUUUGCAUCUGUCAGGCUGACGUUGAUGAAGCCAUGCUCGAAGAUGUUGAGGACAUCAUCGCUCAAAGGAGAGAGUGAUCAAUCGUUACUACUCCCUGACGGCCACCGGCAGGGUCCCUGACUUUUCCAAGCCGAAAAAAUGGACGCCUGACGAUGUGAGGCCCCCCGCACACGCUCAACACACACAUCCACGGCCGGCCUGCGUGGAUGGUGAGCCUCUGUGUGUGUGUGUGCACUGACAGGACAACCUGUUGAUUGAGGCGGCGGAGAAUUGCCGCCUCAAGGGCCCGUUUGUCGAUUGGGAACGGAUGCUAGCAGUAAGCGGAAUCAGUCGCCAUCCGUCAACAGAGAGACAGCACACAGAGAGGUCAAGUCAUUGUGUGUGUGUGUGUGUGUGUGUGCCUAUCAGGACCCACGAUACUCACGGUUGUUUGACGGGGUUCAAAGGAGCAGGUGAUGCAGAGAUUGAGGACCGCUAGACGCAACAGGUGUGAGAAGGAGCAGGAGCAGCAGCAGGCAGAUCAGGGAGAUAGUGAGCCGCCGAGGGACGGCGGCAAAGAGGGAGAGGCUGCAGCGGCAGCUGCCGGACUCCCGCCUCCCAUGACGGUCGACCCGCAGCCGCCAGCUGCAGCAGCUCAUGAGCCCGGCCCAGCUGCCCCCCUGCCACCGAAUGCACCGCUCAUCCCUCCCGUCCCCCCAUUCCCCACUGACCCCAUAUUCUGGAGCGCCGGCGUGGGGGUGUGAGGACUGGUGAGUCCUUUUCUGCCGCUGGCGCUGCGGCUGCGCAGAAGUCUCCUCCCACGGCCACCGAGCAGUCAUCACCGUCCUCAUUCGCACCGGCACCAGCAAGACCGGCGGCGGCGGCGGCGGGUCAUGGUCCAGAUCCGCUGUGCCCAGAAGGCGAGGCGGAAGAGAACGGGCCUGACGACGAUGAGGGCGGCCGGCGGAGAGCCAAGCGUCAGCGGCGUGAGUGAGACUUAGGAUGGGUGUGAGUGAGUGAGUGAGUGAGUUCGUGGAGUGUGGGUGUGAGUGAGUAGAUGACCUGACCGUGUCAUUUAAGCAUGGCGGCGCCUCAGGCAGGCAGGCAGGCAGGCAGGCCUGCCUCUCUGUCUUUACUUUUCUUGUGUACUGAGCGUGUUCAGCCCGCCACCGAUGGCGACAUACAUACACACAGACACACAUAAAUGGCUGCCUGCCUCUUUGCCUCCGUGUCUUUUUCGGUGAACCCGACUUCAUCCAUCCGUUCUGUCUCUGUGCAUAGGCCGGGCCUGUAUGUCUGUCUAGAAAUCGAUCAUGUGUGCUGUCUGUUAGAACGAAAGACAGAGGGACUCGCUCGAUAUGGGCAAGACGAACCACGAGUCCACUGCAUCCAAUGCAUGUCUGUCUCUG